GGAUGCACUGAUUGGUCCAUCGAUAUCAAGAAAUACCAAGUUUUGGUGGGAGAGCCGGUUCGAAUCAAAUGUGCACUUUUUUAUGGUUAUAUUAGAGCAAAUUACUCCCUUGCCCAAAGUGCUGGACUCAGUUUGAUGUGGUACAAAAGCUCUGGUCCUGGAGACUUUGAAGAGCCGAUAGCCUUUGAUGGAAGUAGAAUGAGCAAAGAAGAAGACUCCAUUUGGUUCCGGCCAACGUUGCUACAGGACAGUGGUCUCUACGCAUGUGUGAUCAGAAACUCCACUUACUGUAUGAAAGUAUCCAUCUCACUGACAGUGGGUGAAAAUGACACUGGACUCUGUUACAAUUCCAAGAUGAAGUACUUUGAAAAAGCUGAACUUAGCAAAAGCAAGGAAAUUUCGUGCCGUGACAUAGAGGAUUUUUUACUACCAACCAGAGAACCUGAAAUCCUUUGGUAUAAGGAAUGUAGGACAAAAUCAUGGAGACCAAGUAUUGUAUUCAAAAGAGAUACCCUGCUUAUAAGAGAAGUCAGAGAAGAUGACAUUGGGAAUUAUACCUGUGAACUAAAAUAUGGAGGCUUUGUUGUAAGAAGAACUACUGAAUUAACUGUUACAGCCCCUCUGACUGAUAAGCCACCCAAGCUUUUGUAUCCUGUGGAAAGUAAACUGACAAUUCAGGAGACUCAGCUGGGUGACUCAGCUAAUCUAACCUGCAGAGCUUUCUUUGGGUACAGCGGAGAUGUCAGUCCUUUAAUUUACUGGAUGAAAGGAGAGAAGUUUAUUGAAGAUCUGGAUGAAAAUCGAGUUUGGGAAAGUGACAUUAGAAUUCUUAAAGAGCAUCUUGGGGAACAAGAAGUUUCCAUCUCAUUAAUUGUGGACUCUGUGGAAGAAGGUGACUUGGGAAAUUACUCCUGUUAUGUUGAAAAUGGAAAUGGACGUCGACAUGCCAGCGUUCUACUUCAUAAACGGGAGCUAAUGUACACAGUCGAACUUGCUGGAGGGCUUGGUGCUAUCCUCUUGCUGCUUGUUUGUUUGGUGACCAUCUACAAGUGUUACAAGAUAGAAAUCAUGCUCUUCUACAGGAAUCAUUUUGGAGCUGAGGAGCUGGAUGGAGACAAUAAAGAUUACGAUGCAUAUUUAUCAUACACCAAAGUGGAUCCGGACCAGUGGAAUCAAGAGACUGGAGAAGAAGAACGUUUUGCCCUUGAAAUCCUACCUGAUAUGCUUGAAAAGCAUUAUGGAUAUAAAUUGUUUAUACCAGAUAGAGAUUUAAUCCCAACUGGAACAUACAUUGAAGAUGUGGCAAGAUGUGUAGAUCAAAGCAAGAGGCUGAUUAUAGUCAUGACCCCAAACUAUGUCGUUAGAAGGGGCUGGAGCAUCUUUGAACUGGAGACCAGACUUCGAAACAUGCUUGUGACUGGAGAAAUUAAAGUGAUACUAAUCGAAUGCAGUGAACUACGAGGCAUUAUGAACUACCAGGAAGUGGAGGCCCUCAAACACACCAUCAAGCUCCUGACGGUUAUUAAAUGGCAUGGACCAAAAUGCAACAAGUUGAACUCUAAGUUCUGGAAACGUUUACAGUAUGAAAUGCCUUUUAAGAGGAUAGAACCCAUUACACACGAGCAGUCUUUAGAUGUCAGUGAGCAGGGGCCUUUUGGGGAGCUGCAGACUGUCUCGGCCAUUUCCAUGGCUGCGGCCACCUCCACAGCUCUAGCCACUGCCCAUCCAGAUCUCCGUUCUACCUUUCACAAUACGUACCAUUCACAAAUGCGUCAGAAACACUACUACCGAAGCUAUGAGUACGACGUACCUCCUACUGGCACUCUGCCUCUUACCUCCAUAGGAAAUCAGCAUACCUACUGUAACAUCCCUAUGACACUCAUCAACGGGCAGCGGCCACAGACAAAAUCAAGCAGGGAGCAGAAUCCAGAUGAGGCCCACACAAACAGUGCCAUCCUGCCACUGUUGCCAAGGGAGACCAGUAUAUCCAGUGUGAUUUGGUGACAGAAAAGCAAGGGACAUCCCAUCCCUGGGAGCUUGAGUGGAAUCUGCAGUCCAGUGCCUGGAACUAAAUCCUCGACUGCUGCUGUUAAAAACAUGCAUUACAAUCUCUAGAACACGAGGAAAAACAGGGUCUUGUACAUAUGUUUUUUGGAAUUUCUUUGUAGCAUCAGUGUCUUCCUGUUUUACCAUGUCUCUUACCAUUACAUUUUUUGACUUUGUUUUAUAUGUCAUUGGAAUUUGUAAAUUUACAUUUUUUUUAAAGAAGAGACUGAUGUGUAGAUAGAAAACCCUUUUUUGCUUCAUUAGUUUAGUUUUAGAAUGGGUUUUUAUUUCCUUUUUUUAAAGUUUUAUUUUGCUUUUAACAUUUCCUUGGGGUGCUUGGACAAAUCUAUCCGAUGGGACAAGGAGCACCGGAUCCUCUCUCGGGUUCUGCCUACGAUCAGCUGGGCCACAUCGACCUUCAGAGAGCAGUGCAAUGGAUGCCAGCAUUGCCAACUGAGGAGAAAAAAAAAAAGAUGAGAAGAACACUUGUUUAUAGGAGAGCCCCGCCAGUCAGAGCCCUGAAUCUCUUCCUUGUCCUGCCUCACUCUCCACCUCUACCCUUUCUAAUGGUGGCAUGAUAUGUAAACUCUGUGGAGGGGUGGGGGUGGGUCCAACUGUCUUAACAUUUAAUUCACUGUUCUUCAGAAUACACUCUAGACCCAAAGGUGUGCUAGUCACUUGACAGUGACCACUACAGAGUGCCAAGAAGAGAAGAUCAAGGGCAUGAAAAUGGGGAGAGUGUUGUUUCUGUUUUUUAAAUGAGUUGAUGUACCCUUAUAUAUAUAUAUACAUAUAUAUAUAAAUAUAUAUAAAAACAACAAAACAAAACAAA